AUGUUCAAAAGAUUCUCAAUUUACUUGGCUUUGGCCUUAGCCAAACUUGCUGCUGCUGCACCAAUUACAACCAACGACUCAUUUCCUGCUCUUCCUCAAGAAAGUAUAAGCGGAUACUUGGACUUGACAGGUGCUGAAGAUCUGGCGCUUUUGCCAGUGUCUAACGACACACAUACGGGUCUUCUUGUUGUUAACACAACAAUUUUGGCCUCUGCGCUUGCCUCUGAAAAUAGCAAGCAGAAAAGAGAAGCAGAGGCCGAACCAUGGAGAUGGUUGAGACUAGACAGAGGACAGCCUAUGUACAAGAGGGAUGCUAAUGCUGAAGCGGAAGCUGAACCAUGGAGAUGGUUGAGAUUAGACAGAGGUCAGCCAAUGUACAAAAGAGACGCGAAUGCUGAGGCAGAAGCUGAACCAUGGAGAUGGUUAAGAUUAGACAGAGGUCAGCCAAUGUAUAAGAGGGAUGCCAAUGCUGAAGCGGAAGCUGAACCUUGGAGAUGGCUAAGACUAGACAGAGGGCAACCCAUGUACAAAAGAGACGCAAACGCAGAAGCGGAAGCGGAAGCUGAGCCUUGGAGAUGGCUAAGGCUAGACAGAGGACAACCGAUGUAUUAA